AUGUUUGCGCAUUCAGUCUGUAAACUUCAACUCAAAAAGAUAAUCAACAUGAAUCAGGAGAAACUCGCCAAACUUCAGGCUCAAGUGCGGAUAGGAGGAAAGGGCACAGCUCGCAGAAAGAAGAAGGUUGUUCACAAAACCGCCACAGCCGACGACAAAAAACUCCAGAGCUCUUUGAAGAAACUGGCCGUGAACAACAUCGCAGGAAUAGAAGAGGUGAACAUGAUCAAAGACGACGGGACGGUGAUCCACUUCAACAACCCCAAAGUGCAGGCCUCGCUGUCCGCCAACACCUUCGCCAUCACGGGCCACGCCGAGACCAAGCAGCUGACAGAGAUGCUCCCGGGCAUCCUGAGCCAGCUCGGGGCCGACAGCCUCUCCAGCCUCCGCAAACUGGCAGAGAGCUUCCCCCGGCAAGCGAUGGACAUGAAAGCAGUGAAGGAGCAGAUCAUCGAAGAGGACGAGGACGACGUACCAGAUCUCGUGGAGAACUUUGACGAAGCCUCCAAGAACGAAGCGAACUGA